AAAAAAUAUUUAUAUAUAUUUAUAUUUUAAAUUAAAAGAUAUCAAAUUCAAAUAGUUAAAAAGUAGCUAAAAAGUUUUAAAUGAUGAUUCAAAUAAAAAUAUCACACAUGAAUCAAGGUGAGUUUGUUAACCAAUCUGAGUUUUUAGGAGUCGAUGUUAUAUAAAAAAUGAUAUAUUAUUAAUCCAUAUUAUUAGUAAUAAAUGAAUAAUAAUUGAUUUCUAGUUAGGGUCCAUUUUUAAAAAAAAUCACAUAUGAAUCAAGGUUGUGACUUCUAUUUUAAUAUAUAAGAUAGGCAAUUCUGUUUCAUUAUUUGGUUUUAGAUUGUUACGGUUACUUCGAAACUUUAAGAAGUAUUAUGAACCGAACCGACCUAAAAUUCUGUAAACGGUAAACCCCGAGUGGGACCUAUAAAGCUAAACCCAAAAAUUGGAAAAUCCAAAAAAUCCCAAUCGAAACCAAACACCCACCCCUAAUAAGAACGAUAGUUUGCCCAUAUCAAUCAGUCCGUCCCUCUUCUGUCCCUUCUCUUUGUACUAUGUUUCAGAGAUCAUUCGUUUUAUGACCAACAUUUUUGUUAAUUCUAGUGUUGUCCUCAUAAAAUAACAAUACUUAUGGAUUUGACAUCUUUCGGUUUUGUUAUGAAACCACAUAAAGAAUAGUGCUAAACUUAGUUUUUAAAAUACGCAUAGGCUUUUGAAUAGUAAAAAUAACAGCCAUUUAGAAGAUCUACGGAAUAAGACAUACAUUACCAAAAAAAGACAUACAUUACCAGCUUAUUUUAAUUUUUAAAGUAAACGUGUUAGAGCAUCCACAACGCAGGGUUUAUGCGAAUCCUUAACUGCAGCAUGUGAAUAAAAAAUUAAUAAAAAAGUGUGAUACUGAGAAGGAGCAGUCCGUAGAGAAGGGUUUAACGGAUCGAAUCCGUAGAGACGUGGCAACUUCGUAUUGGACCGGUCGAAGGGUAAACGUGCAUUCAGAAACAAAAAUGAAAUCAUUUGCGAAGAAGAGAAAAAAAAAAGGAAAGACGACGGUUUAUGCGAUUCGAUCUCCUCGAGCCAUCAAGGUUUAGGAAAAUGGGACAAGACUACAGCUACACCCAGCCUUCUUCAUCUGAGGCCUCCUCCCUCGAUAUAACUUCUCUUCUUCAAGCAGAAGCUGAUAUGUACGCGGAAGAAGCGCAGAGCGGGCAUAACAACUCCGAGCCGUAUAACUACCCUCCACAACCCGAAGCUGACGAUGGAAUCCCGAAGACUUGCUACUGUGGUGCUGACCCUGUUCUUGCUGCAUCAUACACAAGCAAAGACCCAGGCCGAAGGUACUUCACGUGUGAGAACGCCGAUGAUGGAGACUGCCACAUCUGGAAAUGGUGGGAUGUAGCCGUAAUGGAAGAGAUGUCUGACUUUCAGAGACAACUUAGGGAGGUUAAGUCUCAGCAUACCGAGAGUGAGCAGAAGUUGGUUAAGGUAGAGGAGACGGUGUCGAAGUUAUCUAAGAAGAUCUCAGGGAUUAGAGAGAUGUUCCUAUUGGCUGUUUGUGUCCUGCUGAGUUUGUUCAUCGUAAUCUUUAUGGUGUUCAUGUUGGGUGGAAAAGCUACGGAGGUUGAAAAGGCGAGGGUCUGAGCUUUGAAAGGUGCAGUACAAGGCCUUUGUUUUCUUGCGGUUGUUUGAUCUAUCACGGGUGCUUUGGAGCUGUGAAGGUGUUUUCUUGUCUAGCAGGUGUGACUCUAGUCACGGGUUCUAGUUUUUUUCACUUUCACAUUUAUAUAAGAUCGGAUUGUAUAAGACUUUAACCUAUCUCCUUAUUAGCUUUCUUUCAUCUUCCUUGUAAGAUUCUACUCUCUACUAGUUUAUGUAAACGAUAUUUGAGUCUCUGUUACAUAUUUGAUCUCCUCAUUUAUCAGACUUUAAUCUACUUGCCACAAAAUCAAGGUUUGUGUCUCUGUUACAUAUUUGAUCUCCUCAUUUAUCAGAAUCUUUUUAAACAUUCAUCUUUACAUAUUUGAUUUCCUUUGGGUUGUGAAUGUUUGGAAACAGAUUUAAGCUGUUGGGGUUUGCUUAUACAUAGGCUAGGUCUUUGUGCUCAUGGUGAUGGCAUGUUUUUUGUAAUCUUGAAUCGAAUGUUGGAGUUUUGCCAUUUCCUUCAAUGUCCUAAUUUUCUCAUUAGGGGAAAAACAUUAUAUUAGAUCGUUGUGUUCAUGCUUAUUUGAUAGAAGAUGAAAUAAGCAAAGUAUUAGAUUAAGAUAACAAACAUAAGUUAGUGCUUUAAUACAACUAGUUGACAACAUAGUUUAAGCACAUGGUCGCAUUUCAAUUAUUAAUAAAUAUAUAGAAAUGAGUUACAAAUGAGGUAGAAUUUUACAAAAUAUUACUUCGAGUUUUAUUUUAAUUCUGUAAUGAACUUUAUUUUCACAUAUUAUAUUGAAGGUUGGUUUCCGAAAAUGUCGUCAUCAUCAUCAGAUGAACUCGAAGAAAGAUUAGAAGAAGCUUUCGACGGUAUAUUUCAAAAUAUACACGACGACAUAGUCGCCGGCAGAAGAAAGAAGAAAGGGAAACGUACUUACAUAGAACGCAACCGUGAAGAAGGACACAUGCGUUUAUGGAAUGACUACUUUAGCAAAGAACCGAUAUUUCCGAAACAAUUAUUCAGGCGUCGUUUCCGCAUGAACAGAGACUUAUUCAUGCGUAUAGUUUCUCGUCUCUCAGAGGAGUUUCGAUUCUUUCAACAGAGAAAAGAUGCAACCGGGAGGGAUGGUCUCUCUCCACUGCAAAAAUGUACGGCUGCAAUUCGUCUCCUUGCUUAUGGUUCAGCUGCUGACUCGGUUGACGAAUAUCUUCGACUUGGUGAAAGCACCGCACUUUCCUGUCUAGAUAAUUUCACCGACGGAAUUAUUCGGUUAUUUGGAAAUGAGUAUCUACGAAGACCCACGCCGGAGGAUCUUCAACGACUACUCGAUAUUGGAGAGAAAUGCGGAUUUCCUGGGAUGGUUGGAAGCAUUGACUGUAUGCAUUGGGAGUGGAAAAAUUGCCCAACCGAAUGGAAAGGACAAUACACACGUGGAUCGGGAAAACCGACAAUUGUCUUAGAGGCAGUAGCUUCGCAAGAUCUUUGGAUUUGGCAUGCUUUCUUUGGUCCUCCAGGUACGUUAAACGAUCUUAAUGUCCUCGAUCGGUCCCCCGUUUUCGAUGACAUUUUGGAAGGUCGAGCUCCAAGGGUCCGGUACGUCGUCAACGGACACCAGUAUGAUUUGGCGUACUACCUCACCGACGGUAUAUAUCCAAAAUGGUCAACAUUUAUCCAAUCUAUCUCACUCCCCCAAGGUGCUAAAGCAGAGUUAUUUGCUAAAGUUCAAGAAGCAACACGAAAAGAUGUGGAGCGGGCUUUCGGAGUAUUGCAGGCUCGGUUCGCUAUUGUUAAAAAUCCGGCUCUUUUAUGGGACAAGGCGAAGAUAGGGCAGAUUAUGCGAGCAUGUAUCAUACUACACAAUAUGAUUGUCGAAGAUGAACGGGAUGGUUACACUCAGUACCAUACAACUGAAUUUGAAGAAGGAGAGACAUCAAGAAGUUCACAAGUGGAUAUGUCCUAUAGUACCGAGAUGCCUUCAAAUCUUGGGAACAUGCUUGGGAUUCGGAAUCAUCUCCGCGAUAGGCGUAUACAUGAUCAAUUGAAAAUCGAUUUAAUUGAAAAUGUUUGGACUAAAUUUGGUGAUGAAUAUUAAAUUAUGUUAAGUUUAUUGUAUUUCUUGUAAUAAAUAAAAUUUUCCAUU